GGGGCCAGUGUAGACGACAAGCGAUUAAGCAGCAGACGACCGUACUACAGCCGCUACAGUCUAGGUUUGAUAAACUUGUGAGGCGUUGCAGAGCCUCUGAGUAGGAUUCGGUUAUAAAUCCCCGUUAUGUCUAACGACAGAAGUGAGAACUCCUGUGCUGCCAGGUCAUCGCGCCUCGUCAGUCUCCUGGAAAGUGCUGAAGCGGAGCGUGCGGUCAUGGAGCAGGAUUUGAGGUCGCUGGAAACGCACUGCUCAGGGCCUCUGAUGAAUGACAUCUCGAGCGUGGAACGUAAAUUUGCUGCUCUGAAAACACGACAGACGAGUGCUUUAGAUGAACUUGACACAUUGAAGGCUGCGAAUGAAACCCUCCAGACUCAAUGUGAACAGUUCGUGAAAGCAAACGAAGGGGUUUCUACGAGGAUCACAGACCUUUCAACAAAAAUUUGUCAGGAAAGGUCUUCAAGACUUGAGAAAGUAACCAGUUUUGAACAGCAUAUCAAUGGAAUUUGUAACGCGUUGGAAAAAAUGGUGUGGACUCCAGAGAUUCUUGAAAGGUGGGCAGCAACCGUGAAGAUUCAACUGCCAGAGUUAGAGCAGCAUUCUGCAUUCUUGGAUUCCCGUCUAGAGAGCAAGAGGGCUGAGCUGGACCAGUUGCAACGGCAGAGCAAUAACAACUGCUCGGCAGAAGAUGCCUUAUUUGGACCUGAGGAGCAGCAAGCAAUCUUACAAAUCUUCAGAGAAGAGAUCAGCAAACUUCAGACUAUGAAUAGGCGUCUCACACUGCAAAAGCAGCAAUUGAAGGAAGAGGUUGAUCAUCUUUCACGUAUGGGUAAUUAGCUCACCAGAAGUGACCAUGCCCAACAUGCCAAAGAGCCUGUGAUAACUGCCACCAAUCACACAUACCUGGUUUACCCUUAAUUUAUAGUCAUAUACAUGACCUUGCUGAACUAUUUUACUUUCUAUAGAUUGAUGUAGCACACAACUUUUGUUUUAUUAUACAUCAUGGCAAAUUACCAUGAUGAAUGAAAUAAAACAUUCCAGCGAAAUUGACGAUUA